AAGUGUUUGAAGAGCCCGCAACUGCCAAUCCUAAUCCCAAAGUUCCAACCACAAUGAAUGGGAUCCCUGUUUCAAACAAACACCCAUAUGAAACCAUGUUAAUGUCGGGUGCAAUUAGCAGUUAAACCCCCCACAAAACGACAGUAGCCAUACCGGAGCUGGAAAGUGAAAAAAGCCUCUUGGUUUUUGCUUUUCAGGGGUCUCUCAACCCAGCAGCAGCCAUGGGAGUGAGCUUGGAAGGACAGAAGGUGAUAAUGGUACCAUACAUGGAAGCACAUGUCCCAAAGUACCACCUCUGGAUGCAAGACCCUGCUCUCCUUCAAGCCACCGGAUCAGAGCCCCUCUCCCUCCAACAGGAAUACGAUAUGCAGCUCUCCUGGAACCAAGACCCUCUCAAGAAAACUUUCAUUAUUUUGGAUAAGGAGAUGGUCGGGGAAAAGUUUGUUCAUGUAAAUCCUCAUGUGGAAGCCAUGGUCGGGGAUGUGAAUAUCUACAUGAAUGAUUUGGAUGACCCUCAAUUAGCAGAGGUUGAAAUUAUGAUAGCUGAACCAAAAAGCCGUGGUAAGGGCCUUGGGAAAGAGUCUGUCCUGAUGAUGAUGGCCUAUGCAGUUCAAAACUUCAGAAUCCAUGUCUUCCGUGCUAAAAUUGGAGCAUCAAAUGGGUCAUCUCUUAGUUUGUUUCGGAAAUUGGGCUUCAAGGAGACUUCUUAUAGCGAAAUAUUCAAGGAGGUAACAUUGGAAUUGGCGGUGACGGAGCAAAAGCAAGAGGAGCUUCUGCAGUUGUUGGGCAGUGUAGUUACACAUGCAUAGCCUCCGGGAGGCCAUAAUUUAUUUUCCCCUAAAACUUAUUAACUGUCAUCAUACAUGUAUCUAUGAGUUGUAGAAACUAGAAUUGUAGAUGAUUCCCUGUUUUCGGAGAAGAGUUUUGAUGUUUAUGAUGAUGAACAAUGCUGGAAACUUACAUUUGCAAUAAUGAUAAACAAUGAUGAAUUGCUUUAA